AUGCUCUACUUUGGUGCUUGGUCCAUCUAUGGCCAAAAGUUCCGGCCCCAGGAUAUGUCUGUAAACAAAGUAUCGCACAUUCUAUACGCCUUUGGAGAUAUCGGAUCAGAUGGGAGCGUAAUCUCUGCGGAUCCCUGGGCAGAUUAUCAAAUUCGCUACUCUGGAGAUUCUCAGGAAUCCUCGGGUUCCAACGCCUACGGAAACGUAAAGCAGCUCUAUCUCCUCAAGCAAAAGUACCGAAACCUCAAGACUCUGCUUUCCAUCGGGGGCUACACCUACUCCCAGCAAGGAAAGUUCCAAGCCGCAGCAAACACGGCGGCCGGCCGUCAACGAUUUGCAUCGAGUGCUGUCCAGCUCAUGAGUGACUGGGGCUUCGAUGGCCUCGACAUUGAUUGGGAAUACCCCGAGAAUCAGGCUGAUGCCAGUAACUUCGUGCUCCUGCUUCAGGCUUGCCGAGCAGCCCUCGAUAAGUAUGCGAGGGACAACAACCAAAACUACCGCUACCCCCUCACGAUCGCCGUUUCAGCGGGCCCUGAAAAGUAUAAACUCCUGAACAUGAAGGCCAUGGAUCAAUAUGUUGAUACCUGGAACUUGAUGGCCUAUGACUAUGCUGGCAGUUGGGACACCACUACUGGACACGCCGCCAAUCUAUUCUACAGCAGUGCCAACCCGCAGAGUACCAAGUUCAACACCGACCAGGCUGUCAAGGACUACAUCAAGGGUGGAGUCUCUCCGGGCAAGAUCGUUCUGGGACUGCCACUCUACGGACGCUCGUUCCUCAACACCGUCGCGCAGCCGGGGCAGCCGUACCAGGGAGUCGCCUCAAACACCGGCUCCGACCCUGGCGUCUGGCUCUACCGCGACCUCCCUCGCCAGGGUGCUCAGGUCAAGAUCGACACCCAAGCCGGGGCAGCGUGGUCCUAUGAUGCCACCACCAAGGAGCUCGUGUCGUUCGACAACGUCCCCGUCGGCCUGAUGAAGGCCGACUACAUCCGAAAGCAGGGUCUCGGCGGCGCCAUGUUCUGGGAGGCCGCCGGCGACAAGACGGGCGGGGAGAGUCUUGUCGGGGCUGUUGGGAAUGCCAUGGGGUCGCUGGAGCUCUCGAAUAACAUGCUCGACUACCCCCAGAGUCGAUACAGCAACAUCCGUAACAAGAUGAAGGUCUAG